CCUCUGCCCAAGCCAGGUAGUGGUGGUCACACCUACCAUGUUCAGGCAUGUUGUUGGUAAGAGCAAUCAGCACGAUAUACAGUUCCAGGGGAAAAGUCCAGUAACAGAGCACCAUGGCUUCUGACAAAGGUCCUUCAGCAGGAGAUGCCACCUUGAGGAGGAGAAUUGAACCCUGGGAAUUUGAAGUCUUCUUUGAUCCCAGAGAACUCCGUAAAGAGGCCUGCCUGCUCUAUGAAAUCCAGUGGGGCACAAGCCAUAAGAUGUGGCGAAACACAGGCAAAAACACUGCCAACCAUGUGGAACUUAAUUUUAUAGAAAAAUUUACUUCAGAAAGACGGUAUUGCCCAUCCACCCACUGUUCUAUCACCUGGUUCCUGUCCUGGAGUCCGUGUUGGGAAUGCUCCAAGGCUAUUAGAGGAUUUUUGAGUCAAUGCCCUAGUGUCACUCUGGUUAUUUAUGUAACACGGCUCUUCUGGCACAUGGAUCCACAAAACCGGCAAGGACUCCGAGACCUCCUCAAAAGUGGUGUGACUGUCCGGAUCAUGAGAGCCCCAGAGUAUGAUCAUUGCUGGAAGAAUUUUGUCAACUACCCACCUGGGAAAGAAGAUCACUGGCCAAGAUAUCCUGAGCUGUGGAUGAAGCUGUAUGAGCUGGAACUCUACUGCAUAAUUCUAAGUCUCCCUCCCUGUUUAAAGAUUUCAAGAAGAAAUCAAAAGCAACUUACAUUGUUCAGACUUACUCUUCAAAAUUGCCAUUACCAAAUUAUUCCACCCCAUAUCCUUUUAGAUACAGGGUUGAUCCAACUUCCUGUGAUUUGGAGAUGAACAGAGUGGUUCCUUGUGUACACUGUUUCUAUAGCAGACACUGAAGACCCACGGAAGAGUGAGUGCCACCAGAAUGUAGAAAAUUUCAGUUUGUGUUUUUAUACACCAACAACAAAUGAUCUGAAAAAAUAAAUUUUUAAAAAUCC